GCAUGUAAUUUACUUUGAAGGGAAAAGGGAACUGAGAGAGCCCCCAGGCACUCAAGUAGGAGGGACAGUGGGCAGAGGUUGCCAAGCCCUGGCUGCCACUUGUCAGUUUCCUUGUGUUAGACAUGCAUAAUCUGUAUACCAGCGCUGGGUACCCGGACCCACCAGGGACCAUGGAGGAGGAGGAGGAUGAGGAGGAUGAUGACUAUGAGAACAUGGCGCCUCCCUACAAGGACCUUCCUCCCAAGCCAGGGACCAUGGAGGAGGAGGAGGAGGAUGACUAUGAGAACUCAGCACCUCCCUACAAGGACCUUCCUCCCAAGCCAGGUUCAAUUGCUCCACCACGACCUCCACGGGCAGAAAAGAAAACAGAGAAACCCCCACUUCCUUGCAAGCCCCGGAAGACGACAGGACUGGACCUCGCCGCUGUCACCUGCAUACCUCCUCAACUGGAUGAGCAGUGGGAAGACCCUUCAAGAAGCCUAAGAGCUGUGGAUCUGGAGCCUUCUCCAUUGCAACCACCCCUGGCCGCAGCUCCAGCGCGCUGGCUCAGUCAGACAUCUGGAGGUCCUGGGUGUUGCCAGAAGAGGCUGAUAGUGUGUCUGUGUCUGCUGGUGGCGACUUCCCUGAUCCUGAGCUGCUUUGGUCUCAUUUUGACCCUGACGAAGUACGAGGAGUUGGUGAAAGAACUGAGAAUGUUAAGCUUUCAGCAGAUGAUGUGGCGAGCAAAUGUGACUGGCAUGGCAGGGCUAGCUGGCCUGAAGCAUGACAUUGACCGUGUAAGAGCUGACACCAACCAGUCCCUGGUGGAACUUUGGGGCUUAUUAGACUGCUCCCGAGUUACCUGUCCUGAAGGUUGGCUCCCCUUUGAGAGCAAGUGUUACUACUUCUCCCCAACCACGAAGUCAUGGGAUGGAGCCCGGAUGUUCUGCCAGGAGAAUUACUCACACUUGGUCAUCAUCAAUAGUUUUGCUGAGCACAAUUUUGUGGCCAAAGCUCACGGCUCUCCACGGGUAUACUGGCUGGGGCUGAAUGACAGGGAACAAGAAGGGAACUGGAGGUGGCUGGAUGGGUCUCCUGUGACAUUAAGCUUCUGGGAGCCAGAGGAACCCAAUAACAUCCAAGAAGAGGACUGCGCUAGCAUGAACAAAGACGGCACCUGGAAUGAUCUCUCUUGCCACAAAUCUACAUAUUGGAUUUGCGAGCGGAAGUGUUCCUGUUGAAGCUCAGGGCUGAGGCUGGGGGUUCAUAUUCGAGCGUCCCUCACUCUUCAAGAUGAGAAUCUUCUGACUUUUCACGGACGGCCUUGCCUCUUCAUGAAUGGACACAGAUGUGCCCCAGACAGGAUUGGCACCCUGGAUGCAGCAAGUUUCCAGGGAUGCAAGUCAGGCUGUUUCUAGAGUGAAGACUUGGGUUCCCCCCAGUAGAUGGUGAGCUGGGUGGGCACUCAGGGUUUGGGGGUGGGAGGUCUCCCAGUUCUAGGGUUGAAGGGAUCGUCACCAAGUUCCUGAUCAUGACUCUUGGGAAGUGGUACUAGCUCUGAGGACCCUGGGGCUGCUAUUGAACCUGGGAUGAAACAUUGUGGCACCUCUGCUGGGACUGGGCUCCCUUUUCUGCAGCCUCAAACUUCUGGAAUCAGGUGAUCCUCCCAUCUCAGCCUCCUGAGUUAGCUGGGACUAUACAUGUGCACCACCAUGCCUGGCUAACUUUUUGUAGUGUUUAAAGA